AUGGAAGUUUUCAAGAAGGAGAUACUCAAGAUUUUGGACACCAAUAUGAUCUACCCAAUCUCUGACAGCAAGUGGGUAAUCCCGGUCCAGGUAGUUCCUAAGAAAACUGGCAUUACUGUGGUAGAGAAUGUCGAAGAAAGGGGUAUAGAGGUUGACAAGGUAAAUAUCGAUGUCAAAAAAUCCUUGCCUUACCCCUCGAGUGUUAGAGAGGUCCGUUCUUUUCUUGAUCAUGCAGGUUUCUACCGGCGUUUCAUUAAAGACUUCUCGAAGAUCACUCAACCCCUUUGUGAGCUUCUACAGAAAGAGGUAGACUUUAUCUUCAAUGAGGUAUGUAUGAGUUCAUUUGAUUUGUUGAAAGAUAUGCUUACUUUUACCCCUAUCAUCCGACCUCCUAAUUGGCAAUUGCCAUUUGAGAUUAUGUGGGAUGCUUGCAAUCACGCCGUCGGAGCGGUAUUGGGACAGAAAGACGAUCAUGCUGCAUUGAAGUACCUACUUAAGAAGAAAGAUGCAAAACCGAGGUUGAUAAGCCGGCUAGUAUUGGAUGGAGAGCCAAGCCCACUCACUGAUGAGUUUCUAGAUGAGCACCUUUUCUCCGUUCCGGGUGAAACCCCAUGGUAUGCGGACAUCGUUAAUUAUUUGGUUUCAAAGAGCUUCGCAAGAAACAUUAGUUCCUGGAAUCAAAUGCCCCAAUUUCCAAUGCUAGUAUGUGAGAUUUUUGAUGUUUGGGACAUGGCUUUCAUGGGACCCUUUCCCGCAUCUUGUGGUAAUCUUUACAUUAUUUUGGCCACUGUCUAUGUCUCAAAAUGGGUUGAGGCAAAGGCCACUCGAACUGAUGAUUCUUUUGUAGUUGCAUAUUUUGUCAAAUCUCACAUAUUUUUCAGGUUCGGGACGCCCAAGGCCAACAUCAGUGAUCGAGGCACCCAUUUUUGCAACAAGUUCAUCGGUGCGUUUUUCAAGAAAUAUGGGGUUAUCCACCACAUCUCCACCGCCUACCAUCCACAGUCAAACGGACAAGCAGAGAUGUCAAAUAGAAAGAUCAAGUCCAUUUUGGAGAAGAGUGUGAAUCCCAACCGGAAAGACUGGAGCUUAAGGCUUAAUGACGCUUUGUGGGCCUAUCGUUUGGCCUACAAGACGCCUAUAGGUAUGUCUCCUUUCCGGUUGGUGUACGGUAAACAUUGCCACCUCCCGGUGGAAUUAGAGCAUAAGGCAUAUUGGGCAGUGAAGACGUGCAAUAUGGAUUUGGAUGAAGUGGGAUCGCAUAGGAAGCUUCAAAUUCAAGAGUUGGAGGAGAUAUGGAAUUACGCCAAUGAAAAUGCUCGCAUCUAUAAAGCGAAGACCAAGGCGUUCCAUGACUCUCAUAUUUCACGUAAGUCUUUCACUAAAGGUUAG